UAAGAGCUGGUCACUUUGGCUAGCAAACGCCGAAAAUAAACAAAUAAAUAUCACAUUUUUCUUCCUGCAUUUACCGUCGUCCCUAAAUUGCUGGAUUGAACGACUCUACAGCCUCUACGGGCGACAAAAAAUACACCAAACAUGGCCAAUCGCACGGUGAAGGAAGCCAAAAACGUGCACGGCACAAAUCCGCAGUACCUCAUUGAGAAGAUCAUUCGCUCUAGGAUUUACGAUUCCAAGUACUGGAAGGAGCAGUGCUUCGCUCUUACGGCGGAAUUGCUGGUAGACAAAGCCAUGGAGCUGCGUUUCGUCGGUGGCGUCUAUGGUGGCAACAUCAAGCCUACUCAGUUCCUUUGCCUCACGCUCAAGAUGCUGCAAAUUCAGCCAGAGAAGGACAUUGUUGUGGAGUUUAUAAAAAACGAGGAGUUUAAGUAUGUGCGGGCCUUGGGAGCCUUCUAUCUGCGUCUCACUGGAGCCGCGUUGGACUGCUACAAGUAUCUGGAGCCACUGUACAUUGAUAAUCGAAAGCUGCGGCGCCAAAAUCGAGCCGGUCAGUUUGAGAUUGUCUACAUGGACGAGUACAUAGACGAAUUGUUGCGCAAUGAUCGUGUUUGCGACAUUAUCCUGCCCCGCAUCCAGAAGCGAUCCAUUCUGGAGGAAAACAAUGAGAUUGAGCCUAAAGUUUCCGUGCUAGACGAAGAUCUGGACGACGAGCUGCCCAGUGACGAGGAAAAGGCGGAAGAGUCCAGUCGACCAAAGGAAAACUCAUCCUCGGUGCGGCGACCCCGAAGAGGGCGCUCCAAGUCCAGGUCACGUAGUCGAGAUCGGGAGAGAAGAUCUGGACAGAACAACAGUACACGAUCAAGGGAUUACUAUGAUGAUUUGGAGGAUUACGACCGCCAGCGGAAUCGUGCCCGCAAUCGUGAAACUCAGAACGAGGACUACGAUCGCCGGCAGACCAGUGGACGCCAGGAUCGGGAGAGGGAGCGCCAGGACCGGGACAGGGUACGGGAGCGUGACAGGAAUGGGGACAGAGAUCGCAGAGAAAGAGAACGGGAACGCGACCGAGGACGCCAUGAUCAGCGGGAACGAGAUUCCCGAGGAGAACGUGAGCGGCGCCGCUACUAAAAUAAGUUAAAAUUGAUUUAAUUGACAAGUAAAAAAUACAAUAAAAUUCCAA